UUUACCUCAAAUGUAUAUUUAAAAAUGGGCUUGUAAUGCAAAUUUUCAGGAUUAUCAGUACACCUAUUUACACAAUGAACAAAGUUGAAUGUUGUGGGACAUGAAAUAUGAUAUAUUUUUUUUUAAAUAUUCCCCGGAUGGAAGUCAUUGAAUUUAUAAUAGUACAAACUAGUGGGUAAAUACAUUGUAUGUGACAUGUAUUUGCAAUUCUUUCGCAAUAUCAAAAGUGCUUCAGACAAAUAAUUAAUUAUUUAAAGAAGGAGUGCAAAACAUACUUUGUAAAAAUUGGAACACCUUUAGUUUAAAUUUAUAUAUCAACAAAAAAGGCACUUUAUCAUUGUUUGAAAAGACAUUUCAGAGUUAAAAUAAACAGUAAUUUCACAAUUAUAAAACAAAAAUAUGGCCACUGGAGUUGGCUCGUUUUACAAAGGAUCUGACCUGAUUCAUGACUACAGCUGUUCCACCUGUGAGGAAAAUGACCUUAACACUGAAGCCCAGCACUUCUGCCCACAGUGUGAACACUAUAUGUGUGAUAAGUGUGUGAAGUUACAUGGGGGUUAUUUCAAGAAACAUGUUGUUUAUGGGCGUGGAGACAUUAAGAAGUGGGCUGGGUUCUCCAUGGAUAUAUGUGACCAACAUGGCAACAAGCUAGAGGUCCACUGUGAUGACCACCAGGAAUUGUGCUGCAGUGUCUGUGUGGCCCUUAACCACAGGCUAUGUAGCAGUAUCAAUCACUUGCCUGACCUCGCCAGAGGCUUCCUGGAAACAGCAGAGUUCAAGCAGCUUCCAGCAGCAGUGGACAAGAUGAGGAGCAGUCUUGGUGAGCUCAAGAAUGUCAGGACGAAAGAUCAAGAUUCACUAAUUGACUCCUACAAUAACAUCAUUGCUGAAGUGAAAGCUCUACGUAAAAACAUUAAUACAAUCUUGGACCAGCUUGAGAGGAAGACGUUUGAACAGUUGGACCGGAUGAUGAAAGAUUUAGAGAAGUCCAUAAAAGAUGAUUUAGAAACCUGUGCCCAAAUGCAUGACCAACUCAAGACCAUGAUUGAGCAGCUCCAGAAGAUCACUGGCAAGAACAAGGAGACCAGUUCUUACAUUGGGUACAGAAAAUGCCAGUCUAAAUUGAGUGAAGCCAAGUGUCUCGAGCAAGUAAUACGACAGAAGGACGGAAUGAAGUUCAAGUCAGAUGAAAAUAUUGUUCCAUUUCUUAGAAACCUAAACAACUUUGGCAACAUUGAAGGAAUUCAUGUGAACAAGACUCAGAGUUCUGCUAAAUAUAGUGUAAAAAUAGAGGCGGAUGAUGCUGUCUGCGAUAUUGUAUGUAUAUGUGAGUUGCCGGGUGGUGAGGUGGUUAUUGCAGACUAUGCCAACUCUAGAGUGAAGCUAUUGAACAGGAAGUACCGUGUCACUGAUCACUAUAAUCUUCCUGGUCGUCCUCUACAUUUGUGUCAUAUAACAGACAAUGAUGUUGCUGUAGCUUUUUUAAACAAAAGUUCAUGGUGUAACGAGGUCCAUUUUCUCACAUUGACCAGAGGUAAGCUACAAGCAGUGAGAAAGUUCACCACAGAUCAUGAAACCUGGUCCAUUGCGCACCAUCAGAGUCAGCUGUUUGUUAGCUCCAAUGAUGCCAUAUACCUGUACACAAUAGAGGGAACAUUCGUAAAGAAGAUCUAUGAAGCCUAUGGUUCUGACUUGCAAAUCAAAUGUGCUGUCUCUAUUGAUGGGGAGAGGAUUUAUGUCAUAACUCAAGCUGAUUCUAAAUUAACAACACUUGAUAAAACUGGUCGAGUGCUUUCAACAUUAAAAGAUGCUGACCUACAAGGACCACAUGGAUUAUGUGUCAGCCCGAGCGGCCAUGUGUUUGUGUGUGGGUUCGCGUCUGACACUGUGUUACAGAUAGACCAUGAGGGAAGACAGAAGCUGGUCACAGUGGCCAGGAAGGUUGAUGGCUUGAGUACGCCUCAGUCAGUGUGGUUCAGUGAACAGACCUCCACCUUCUUGGUUGGGAGUUUUGAGAAUUACAAUAUAACUGUUUUAAAGUCGUGUUGAAUUGGACCCUGGUAUGCAAAAGAAUAUGCAUAUCUUUACUUCGAUUGUUAAAUUAAGCAGGCUGGCUUUAGUUUUGUCAUUGAAUGCCAGCAUAUUUCAUACCAGGAUUUACUAAGAAAACCAAGACGUGGGUGGACAAGAAAUUCGGCAAGCGUACAACUGGGUUGGCGUCAACAAUAUGGCCAUGCAUAAGGCAUUUUAAAAUAACUUGAAACAAAUGUGUUCGACGGCAAUACGAGGUGUCGCUUGCAAAACCCCUGUCUUAAGGUUAUAAAAUUUCCACAAUAAACGUCAUAAACAGUUUCAGUUUAAUGGUGUAAUGUUUUAUUGUUAAUAUACUUUCUAUUAUGUUUUGUUCUAUUCUAAUAAUAUUUGCCAAUGGAUUUUGCAUUCACAUUGAUUUCAUGCUGUUUAGAAACGUUUCAUGUUUUGUAUUCACACAUAAAGCAAUUAUUUUUAUUUUUUUUCAUUUUACUUAAUUGUUUCGUUUUUUGAUGUUGAAGAGUUUGUUUUUCAUAUUUUAUGUUUCACAUGUUGUUUUCAUUUUUCUUAUUGAACAAGCAGGUGUAUAUAGUUAAAGUUCAUUAUUGAGAUAGAUUAUAGUUAUCAUUGCCAAAUCUGUCAAGUCAUUCUUCAAUUUCCGUCAAACCCCGUUGGCUCGAACUUGAUGUAAAGGACUGAUUUCUUUAUACUGCAUGUAAUAAUUCCCGCUUGACUCGAUUUUUCCGAGGUAUUUUCGCCGGUCCCUAAGAGUUCGAGCCAUCGGGGUUCGACUAUAAAUAUUUUAAGUCCUUUUCGAUUUUAUAAAACAGUAGAAUUUAUUAUACCGUUGUUUUUUUCUAAAAUCAGUCUUAAAACACCCUGAUAGCGUUGUUUUAUCUUAAAGCUGCACUCUCACAGAGUGUACGUAUUGACAACUUUUUUAUUUUUUGUCUUGGAACGAACAAAUUUUUGCGAAAAUGCAUGGAAACCAGUUAUAUACGACUGCUGACAAAAAUUAGAUCGCAGAUUUUUAUAUUUAAGUUCAAAAAUUGAUGUUUAAUGCAUUUUCUUAAACCGUUAGUAACGGUUUAAGCCAUAAAACAUUAAUUUUUGGACGGUAAUAUGAAAAUGCACGAUCUGAUUUUUGUCAACAAUCUUAUAUUAUUGGUUUGCAGAUAUUUACGCAAAAAAUUGCUCUUUCCAAGACAAAAAAUAUUUUUUGUAAACAUGGUAUAUCUUCGAGAGUGCAGCUUUGAGGCCCUUCAGCAAUAAGUCUUGGUAUAUAACUGUACUUUAUAAGUUCAGAUUGUAUUUGGUUGUAAUACAAUACGAUUAGUGAGACGCUUGAUUUAAAAAAUUGUUAGGAAAUUAUGUAAAUGUUGUAUAUAUACUUACCUUUGUCCACCUUCCUAAGCAGCCCUAUGCUUUUUUCACAAAUGGAACCAUUUUCCUAUUCAUUAUGUAUUUCAAACAAAUCUGACGAAUAUUCAGGUUUUAAAUAUGUGAGCACAUGAUCAAAUAUUUCACGUUUAAAAGUCUUUAACUCAAGUCGUUGUCCUGCACAAUCAGCCAUUGGUGUCUUAUAUGUGAAUUUAUUCGGAGCUCCUCGGUCAUUUUUAUCGAAAACAUCCUCGGAUGUAUGCCGGUAUAUUAGUAAAAGUAGUUCGUAAAAUUAUAUCAUUAAAUAUUAAUUCAGUUUUUAAGCUUGUAUUUGUUGAUCUAAGAUUCAAUUGAUUGCCAGUGAAUUUUAUUAUUGCAAACAUAAAUAAGAUUUCCAAGAGUCAAGUCAGUAAUUUUAACAGCUAAAUUAAAUUACUACGCGAUCUGCUUGCAGCGGAUUUCUGACAUUGUAAACCAUCCAUAUACAUCUCAGGUUGUUUUCGAUAAAAAUGGCCGAUGUGUUCGGAAUGAUGUGAAUUGUUAAACAACGUGCCAAGCUUUCUUCUGAUUUAAAUAAAAUAACUUCUUCUUAAA